UCAUAAUUGGAAGCUAAUAAUAUAGAAGCUCAGUCGAACAUAUACAAUAUUUUCUAGUUUUUUUUUUUCUUCUGACAAAAAGAUACUUCUCCCUUUUGUAGCAAUGCAGAUGGGAACUCUUUGAUAGAUUUUAUCGUUUGACAACCGAAAAACUACACCAUUUUUUUAUCAACAUUGUUUAUCAAUAUUUACAAAAUCCAGUGUAUUUGUGAUGUGUGAGAGUGUUUUUGUUUGCGCACAAUAACAGCCGUCAAGUGAAGAAGUGAAAUGUAUUUGUAAUUAAGUUGGAUUUUUAUGAACAUUUAGUGAAAUCAAAUAGAAUUCAAUCAUCAACCGAAACAAGUACGUCAUUUUUAAAUUGUAUUAUAGAACCGAAACUGAUGGGCCAGCACAAGAAUAGAAACAGUCCAAAAGGCACAAACGAAUCACACAUUGGCUGCACCGUACGGUUAAAUAAUAAUUUAUGUGAUCGGUUAUUUCAUGUGAACUUUAAUAUAAAACACGCUGCGGUUUUUGCAUAUAAAAUAUAAAUAAGUACGAGACGAAAAAGUUUUUUUCAUUAUUGACAACGAUGCAAAUAUCCUUGACUUGAACAAAGAAUAAAUAUUAAUUCUAAUAGCAUCGCAAGUGUGUGUGUGUGUGUGUGUGUGAAGAAAAAAAGAAAAAAAACGAAAGGACGCAACAAUAGCAAAACGGAUUAUGUCAGAAAAAUACGUGGCCAGCUGUGAAUAAUAAUGCUGUAAUCAACGACCGCGACCCACAAAAAUGAUAAAUUUAUAAAACAAAGCGAAAUUUAGCAGAAAGUAAUAAGCACACGCGAUUCACCUAACAUUGGAAUGACGUAUUUUUUUUGUUAUUAAAAUUCUGACACUGUCGACUGGAGAGAGUUUUGUUUAUUGUGAAAAGUGUAUUGGGUUGGUAAAUUCGCGUGUGAAUUCGUCACAUGGUACAGUUGCUUUUUUUUUUGGUUUAAUUUAAUGAACACCAAUUUUCCCAACGAAUUAUUCGGUGAAGUGUGCGUGUGUGUCAAACAAUUUGUUAAUGCGAACUGUAUAACAUGCCGUUAGCCAACUCGGGAGAUCCAUGGAGAGCUCAAAUCGGCAAUUCAAACGUAACCGUGGUCAACACCGUCGUGGCGCAUACAAACGAUGAAGAGAUGGUUGUUGACGAGCCCAUUGAUGAAACAACAAAAAUUCACGGCGGUCUGCAUCGUAUGCUAGGCGAUGGACGAAUUUUACAACCGAAUACAAAUGAUCAAACCGAAAUGAUACUUACGCCGCAGACAAAAUCACCGUUGUCUGGUUCACAACAAGAGCUGAACCUAGAGUCAGGUCACCAUAAUCACAACCAAAGCGAACAUGAAAUUGAACUAAAAGACGUUGUUAAAGAAGGUCACGACAAAGCCGAUCCAUCGCAAUUCGAAUUGCUCAAAGUACUUGGCGAAGGUUCAUUUGGAAAAGUGUUUCUUGUGCGUAAAAUUGUUGGACGCGAUGCUGGCGUUUUAUAUGCAAUGAAAGUGCUGAAAAAAGCAACGUUAAAAAUUAAAGACCGUGUACGAAGCACAAACGAACGAAAUAUAUUAGCAGAUGUGGGCCACCCAUUCAUAGUUAAGUUGCAUUAUGCGUUUCAAACGCCCGGAAAAUUGUAUUUGAUUUUGGACUUUUUACGAGGUGGUGAUCUUUUCACAAGACUAAGCAAAGAGGUCAUGUUCACGGAAGAAGAUGUUAAAUUCUACUUGGCAGAAUUGGCAUUGGCACUCAGUCACUUACACAACAUUGGCAUCAUUUAUCGAGAUUUAAAACCCGAGAAUAUUCUGCUCGACCAAGAUGGACAUAUUGCACUUACCGAUUUUGGGCUAUCAAAGCAACCACUCGACGGUUCCAAAACAUACAGUUUCUGCGGAACGGUCGAAUAUAUGGCCCCAGAGGUAGUGAAUCGCAAAGGUCAUGACGUAGCAGCUGAUUGGUGGUCGUUUGGUGUGCUUAUGUUUGAAAUGUUGACGGGAAAUCUACCGUUCCACAGUUCAACGCGACAAGAAACAAUGGAUCAAAUUUUAAAAGCCAAACUCGGAAUGCCUGACAAUUUGAGUCGUGAAGCUCAAUCUUUGUUGCGUGCAUUGUUCAAACGUGUGCCAGGCAAUCGACUUGGAGCCGGUCCAGAGGGAAUUGAUGAAAUAAAAAGGCAUGAAUUUUUUGCAACAAUUGACUGGGACAAUUUAUUGUUGAAAAAAGUGCGUCCACCAUUUAUACCGGCUGUGUCGCGUGACGAUGCUUAUUAUUUUGAUUCAGAAUACACAUGUAAAUCGCCACGAGACUCCCCCGGUGGCCCAGUUAGUGCAAGUGCGCGCGAAAUAUUCCGUGGUUUUAGUUUUAUUGCACCCGGUCUACUGGACGAAACUGAAAACAUGACAAACGGAGGCACCACCUCAAACACAACAAACCCAAGCGAUAGCAACACAACAAAUACAAUAUCGGGAAAUACUCCACAAAUACCUGCUUCAAAUAGUGGAAGUGCAUCCAGUGCACUAACAUCCAGUGCAAGUAACGGAAACAUUCCACCAUUGUUUCCGUCACGCAUUUCACCAUACACAAAUGAAAUGCCUGGCUUGAAUUCGAGCGCAUUUCAAGAUGAAUACCAAUUGGGACGAGAGCUUGGUCGUGGUACAUUCUCAAUAUGCCGUCUGUGUGAGCAUCGUGCCACACGAAAACAAUAUGCGGUGAAAAUAAUUAGCAAAGCUGAUCGUGACUGUCGCGAAGAGGUCGAGAUUCUAUUGCGUUAUGGAAACCAUCCGAAUAUUGUGACAUUGUAUAGCGUACAUGAAGACUUUAAUUAUAUUUAUUUGGUGAUGGAACUUCUCAAGGGCGGCGAAUUAUUGGAUCGAAUUUUAUUACUGAAACGAAUGUCAGAGAGUGAAGCAAGCGCUGUUCUUCGUACCGUCGUCUCAGCUUUGGCAUAUUUACAUGAACAUGGUGUCGUUCAUCGUGACUUGAAACCAUCAAAUCUUCUCUAUGCUUCGAUUAACCAAACGCCCGAUUCAUUGAAACUAUGCGAUUUAGGUUUUGCCAAACAACUUAGAGCAGAUAAUGGACUACUGAUGACACCUUGUUAUACAGCCAAUUUUGUGGCGCCCGAAGUUUUAAAAAGACAAGGUUAUGAUUUAGCAUGUGAUAUUUGGUCUCUAGGAGUUCUACUGUACAUUAUGCUUGAGGGAAAAACUCCAUUCGCAAGCUCACCUAAUGAUUCGCCCGAAAUGAUUUUAGCACGCAUUGGUGCCGGAAAAAUUGACUUGGACUCGGGUAUUUGGAAUACGAUUUCAUCGGAUGCAAAAGACUUGAUUCGUCAAAUGCUGCAUAUUGUGCCAAAUCGAAGACCAACGACAGCUCAAAUUCUUCGACAUCCAUGGAUUGUGCAACAAACACCAUACAAUAGUACUCAACCGAUUGAAAUUCCAUCCAGCUCAAAUCAAUCGAUGAUCUGUGAUUCAACGGCCGCUGCGCUGAAGGGUGCAGUGAAUGCAACAUUCCGUGCAAUUUCGUCACCUCAAGCAGCCAAUGUCGGCCCAGUUGGAGCAAGUGCACUUGCUAAACGACGUGCCAGAGAUAAAAUUAAUGCGCAUGCCACAUAAUAUGCAAUUGAUACGAUAAAUGAAUGUUGAUCAAUAUCAAAGUAAAUACCGAACAAACAAAACAAAAAACAACAGAAAUAUUAUAUUCCAGAACCCGAUCAAGUGCUGAUAAGUUCCAAUAUAUCUUUAAAUGCGUUAGAGUGGUGUUUGUGCUUCAAUAUUUUAUUUAGACUAUAAACAAUUCUUCUAUGUAUUUGAAUUUUGUGUAUUUGUAAAAUUGUCAUUUUAAAUCUAAGUUUUGUUAUUGUUUCGCUCCAAUCCCAUUUAACAAAUUCUAUUUUUAACAUUUAAAUCGGUGUAAAUCUAUGGACUAAAUGACAACAAAGACAACAAAGAAUCACAAAUGUACCCUUAAUAAAAAUCCAAUUAUAAUCUUAUCUAAUCGCUUUCCAAAUUUUUAUCUAUGUUUUACGAAUGAGCCCUUCUUCGUGGUUUGACCCUUUGUAUUUACGAAUCCAUUUUUUGUUUGAUUCAGUUAGAUUUCCAAUGUCGAUCUGUUUGCGACUGUAGCAACGAAACAAAAAAAAACCAAUUACACAAUUAAUUAUAUUUUGUAAAUAACAUUUAAUCCAAUUUAGUCAAUCAUCACUAACUGAAUUAGUGAAUGACAACAAAAAGUUUGAAAAAAAAAGAGUUCAAAUAAAUUUUAUUUAUAAAUACAAUAUUAUUCUUCCAUUGUAAUUUUGGUAUUUGAACAAACAAAAAUUGUUUAUUGUUACGUGUUUUUGUGUAUACAUUUGAAAAUGAAUGUUGAUCUGUGUGUUUUUACAGCUCAUAUUUGUAAAUUAAAAAAAACUUAUGAUUUGUGGCUAAUAGUAAGAACACCAAUGUAUUUUUGAUGAUAUUUAUCGAACAAUUUGACGAAAUUGAAAUGGAUUUUCCCAAGAAAAAUCAACAAUUCUAUAUUGUGGGAUGCCAACCAAAAACAACAACAACAAAAAAAAUGACAUAAAACCCCAAAAUAUAAAAUGUACAAUAAUUAUGCAUAUAUUUUCAAAAAAUCACCUUGCAUACUAAAUGAACAAUACCAAUAGAGAAUAUUUUUGUAUAUUAAUUAAACGAAAUGCUCCACAGUCAUACUGAUUUAAGCAAAAAUCAAUAAUUAUGAUUAUAAUCAUAAAAUAUGUUUCGUAUCAAUUAAAUAGGAAAAUGGCAAAUUUCAAGUGCACAUUCAACACAUCUUAUGCAAAAACUCACAUUUUUUAGAAAAAAAAUUCUUCCCAUAUAUUUAGUCAUGCGUGCACUCAUGACAAUGUGCAAACGAAUCUAGUUCAAUGAAUGUAACACCUACUAAAAGAGUUAUUUGAUCAGAUAAAUUAGAUUGUAAUGGAUUUUUUUACAACAACAUUGGAAUAAAAAUGAAAUUUAUACAAUUAAAAUUUAAGAACUAAAAAUAUUUUCAAUUUCCCAAUUAAAUCAAUUCUAAUAAAUAAGUGACAUGAAGAAAAAAAAGACACUUUAAGUCCAAAUUAUGUUCAACAUUCUAUUCCUUUGGCUUUCAAUCAAAUUCAUUAUAAAUAAAAACUUUAUUCUUAA